CCCUUCCGGCGUCUCGCUGCCCGCGGCGCUGCCGUCCCGCGGCGCUGCAGCAUGGGGGUCACCUGCGUGUCGCAGGUGCCGGUGGCGGAGGGGAAGAGCGUUCAGCAGACGGUGGAGCUCUUGACGCGGAAGCUGGAGCUGCUGGGGGCCGAGAAGCAGGGAACGUUCUGCGUGGACUGUGAGACCUACCACACCGCCGCCUCCACCAUCAGCAGCCAAGGGCAGACAGGCAAGCUGAUGUACGUGAUGCACAACUCCGAGUACCCCCUCAGCUGCUUCGCUCUCUUUGAGAGCGGCCCCUGCCUGGUGGCAGAUGCCAACUUUGACAUCCUGAUGGUGAAGCUGAAAGGCUUCUUCCAGAACGCCAAGGCCAACAAGAUAGAGAGCCGGGGCACCCGCUACCAGUACUGCGACUUCCUGGUGAAGGUGGGCACGGUCACCAUGGGGCCCAGCGCCCGGGGCAUCUCUGUGGAGGUGGAGUACUGCCCCUGCGUGAUAGCCAACGACUGCUGGAACCUGCUGAUGGAGUUCAUGCAGAGCUUCAUGGGGAGCCACACUCCUGGCAUCCCUUCUGUGUUCAGCACCAAGCAUGACAGCAUCUACAGCCCAGCAGACACCAUGGUGCAGUACAUGGAGCUGUUCAACAAGAUCCGCAAGCAGCAGCAGGUUCCUGUGGCGGGGAUCAGGUGAAAGGCCUCCCUGGAGCUCGGUCUGCAGCCUCCUUCCUGCCUGCCCCUCUGCAUCAGGAGUCCCUCCAACAUGUGGCACUGGAGGCAGCCCAGGUCUGGGGUUUGGGGUU